AUGACAUCAACUACAACAUUACCACCAACUACCACUACCACCACUUGUCCUUCUCCAACUACCACUACCACUACCACCACUAACUCGCCACCUACUACAACUACAACUACUACAACCACUACUUGUCCUCCUCCAACCACUACUACGACUACGACCACUACUUGCCCUCCAACUACUACCUCAACCACCACCACAACUAUUUGUCCGCCAGAGACUACAACUACUACUACUGCAGCUCCAAAGACUACUACCACCACUACUUGUCCACCAGAAACUACGACUACGACCACGACUACUACAGCACCUGACACAACGACAACCACUGAAGCUCCCAAGACUACUACUACCACCACUUGUCCACCGGAUACUGCGACUACGACUACAACCACUACUAGUGCACCCGACACAACGACAACCACUGCAACUCCAAAGACUACUACCACCACUACUUGUCCACCAGAUAUUACGACUACGACUACAACCACUACAGCUCCAAAGACUACCACCACCACUACUUGUCCACCAGAUACUACGACUACGACUACAACCACUACUAGUGCACCCGACACAACGACAACCACUACAGCUCCAAGGACUACCACCACCACUACUUGUCCACCAGAUACUACGACUACGACUACAACCACCACUACUGCACCCGACACAACGACAACCACUACAGCUCCAAAGACUACUACUACCACCACUUGUCCACCAGAUACUACGACUACGACUACAACCACCACUACUGCACCCGACACAACGACAACCACUGCAGCUCCAAAGACUACCAUCACCACUACUUGUCCACCAGAUACUACGACUACGACUACAACCACCACAACUGCACCCGACACAACGACAACCACUACAGCUCCAAAGACUAUUACCACCACUACUUGUCCACCAGAUACGACGACUACAACUACAACCACUACUACUGCACCCGACAAAACGACAACCACUGCAGCUCCGAAGACUACUACUACUACCACUUGCCCACCAGAAACUACUACUAUAACCACCACUACUGCACCGGAUACAACGACAACAACCACAAGUACACCUAAACCAACGACUACUACCACAUGUCCACCACCUACAACGACUACUAGUACACCCAAACCAACAACAACGACCACAUGUCCACCACCUACAACAACUACUAGUACACCUAAACCAACAACAACGACCACAUGUCCACCACCUACAACAACUACUAGUACACCUAAACCAACAACAACGACCACAUGUCCACCACCUACAACAACUACUAGUACACCUAAACCAACAACAACGACCACAUGUCCACCACCUACAACAACUACUAGUACACCUAAACCAACAACAACGACCACAUGUCCACCACCUACAACAACAACUAGUACACCUAAACCAACAACAACGACCACAUGUUCACCACCUACAACGACCACUACUACACCUAAACCAACAACAACCACCACUUGUCCACCAUCACCAACAACCACGUCAACAACAAUGACUACUACCACACCUUGUCCACCAACCACAACCACUACGACAACUACUCCCAAACCGACAACGACUACUUAUUGUAGCUCUAUGACAACUACAACGACUACAUGUGCACCAUAUACGACUACUACUAAGUCUUGCCUUUUAGGAAUACUCAGUGUUAAUGUGUAA